UGUAUAUAGAUAUAUUUGUGUAUAGUGCCCCACUUUGGAUCGUUCUUGCCCAAGAUUUCUGAGUAAGUCUCUCUGUAUCUGUCUGUCUGCAUUCAUACACAAUCAAUAAUCACGAUACAGCUGAAUAUAUGUAUGUAUAGAUUCCAUACGCAUAAGUGUAGAAUUUAUGCAUGCAAUUAAGUAGAUACCGGAAAAUUUGAUAUGGGGCACAAGAAGCGAAACGUCGCUCCUCGCUCCAAACCCUCACAGCCGCCCUCGGCGGCGGCGGAGGCGGCGGAUGGGACCUCCGCCACCGGUUCUGUAGUCGAUGGUGGUCUUUCGAACCUCGACCAUUCAGCCGACGCGGGUAGAAAAAUACCUACAAAAUCCGAGGCCACGGAUUUGGAAAGCAAUAGCAAUGCAAACCCUUCUUCAUCCUAUGCUUCGAUAAAGCUUGAGUGUGAGCGGGCCCUCACGGCUUUGCGCCGGGGGAACCACACCAAAGCCCUAAGGUUGAUGAAGGAUUUGUGCUCGAAACAUGAGAAUUCCCCACACUCUGCCUUGAUUCACCGUGUUCAGGGGACUGUUUGUGUGAAGGUGGCUUCAAUUAUUGAUGAUUCGAAUGCCAAACAACGGCAUUUGAAAAAUGCAAUUGAGAGUGCAAAGAGGGCGGUGGUCUCGUCCCCUAGUUCUAUUGAGUUUGCACAUUUUUAUGCAAAUUUGUUGUAUGAGGCUGCGACUGAGGGUAAGGAGUAUGAGGAGGUGGUGCAAGAGUGUGAGAGGGCUUUGGCGAUUGAAAACCCUGUGGACCCUGCCAAGGAGAGUUUGCAAGACGAGAACCAGCAGAAGAUUUCUACUGCUGAGGCUCGAGUUGCCCAUGUUCAAAGUGAGCUCCGAUCAUUGAUUCAGAAGUCCAAUAUUGCAUCUAUCUCAACUUGGAUGAAAAAUCUGGGGAAUGGGGAGGAGAAGUUUCGGUUGAUUCCAAUCAGGAGGGUUCCUGAAGAUCCGAUGGAGCUGAGGUUAGUUCAAGCAAAGAGGCCAAAUGAGAUAAAAAAGGUGGCAAAGACGCCCGAGGAGAGAAGGAAGGAAAUUGAGGUGAGGGUGGCUGCAGCUCGUCUUUUGCAGCAGAAGUCUGAGUCACCUCAUUUGAGAAAUGAUGUGGAUAACAAUAAUAACAAUAGCAAGGGGCUGGAUUCCACUCCGGGUUCAGGCCACAGAACAGGUGAAAGAAGGAAAAGUGGGAACGUGAAGAAAUCUGCGUCCUCAGAUGAGAGAAGGGAUUGGGUUCGAUUGUAUUGGAACUCGAUGAGUUUGGAUGGGAAGAAAGAUUUGCUGAGAAUUAAUAUUUCGGAUCUAAGGGCACAUUUUAGUUCAUCAAAGGAUGGGCUACUGAGUGAAGUGCUUAAUGAAGCUUUAUCUUUCGGAGAAGCUAAUAAAGUAUGGAGGUUUUGGAUGUGCUGUCGCUGCAAUGAGAAGUUUGUUGAUGCUGGUUCAUUCAUGCAGCAUGUCGUACAGGAGCAUAUGGGAAGUUUGUUGCCAAAAAUGCAGUCUAUUCUACCCCAAAAUGUGGAGAAUGAAUGGGCUGAAAUGCUUCUUAACUGCUCUUGGAAGCCAUUAGAGUUAAAUGCAACAAUUAGGAUGCUUGAGAAAAAGUCAAAAUCUAACACACCUGACUUACUUGAUGAAUGCUCUCGACACAAUGCAGAGGAUUCCAAAGAAUGCUUUGUUGACUCUUACUGCAAUGAGUAUGAGUGGGAUUCAUCACCUGGAAAGAAGAAAUCUGGUGAUAAUAGCAAUGGUACUGUGCAAGAUAGCAGGGAGUUUGAAGACGUUGAGUGGAUGGACUGUGAUGGAGAUCAAAGUAGUAAGGAAAGUCUAAUUCAUGAGAACUGGCCUUUGUCCGAUGAUCCCGAGCGUGUAAAGCUUCUGGAAAGAAUCCAUGCCAUUUUUGAGGCACUUAUUAAACACAAGUAUUUGGCAUCAAGUCAUCUUAGCAAGGUUAUACACUUUGCAGUGGAGGAGCUCCAGGGUGUAGCUUGUGGUUCUCAACUUAACUCAAAAAUGGACCAAACUCCUUUGUGCAUAUGUUUUCUGGGUGCUUCGGAGCUUAAGAAGAUCCUGAAAUUUUUGCAGGAAAUUUCUCAGUCUUGCGGACUAAAUAGAUAUACCGAUAAAAACAAUGUAGGAGAUGAUUCUAACACUGGGAUGCCGGUUGGUGACAUUAUGGAGAAGAUAAUCUUUAGCCAGGAUGCUUCAUUUUUGGUGCUUGAUGAGCAUUUUCUUCCCUGCAAGGUCCCUCGCUUAUUAUGUGAUACUGCUUCUAGUGAUGUUUCCAGUCCACCUAUUUCAUCCCAUGUCAAAUAUGAGAAUGGUGUUGUACUUGAUUCAGAUGCAUUAUUGUCCUGGAUAUUUACAGGAGCCUCAAGUGGUGAACAUUUGACAUCCUGGAAACGUGCGAGAGAGGAAAAAGCUCAGCAAGGUCUGGAAAUUCUCCAGUUGCUUGAAAAGGAAUCUUACCAUCUGCAGGGCUUGUGUGAGAGAAAAUGUGAGCAUUUAAGUUAUGAGGAGGCAUUGCAGGCUGUGGAGGAUCUGUGCUUGGAAGAGGGGAAGAAAAGAGAACAUGCAGCGGAUUUUGUUCGUCGAAGUUAUGACUCAGUCCUUAAGAAAAGGCGGGAAGAACUCAUUGAAAAUGACAAUGAACUUUCAAUUAUCAGUAAUAGAUUUGAAUUAGAUGCCAUAACAAAUGUUCUGAAAGAUGCGGAGUCCCUAAACGUCAGCCAAUUUGGCUUUGAGGAAACUUAUAGUGGUGUUACGUCGGAUUUCUGUGACCUGGAAUCUGGUGAAGAUGGUGAUUGGAGAACAAAGGAUUAUCUGCAUCAGGUGGACUCUUGCAUAGAAGUUGCAAUACAGAGGCAGAAAGAACAAGUUUCAAUAGAGAUCAGCAAAAUAGAUGCAAGAAUCAUGCGAAUAGUUGCAGGGAUGCAGCAAUUGGAAGUUAAGCUUGAGCCUGCAUCUUCCCAUGAUUUCCGGUCAAUUUUAAUCCCUAUAGUAAAAUCAUUUAUGCGGGCACGAUUAGAGGAUCUGGCAGAGAAAGAUGCCACAGAAAAAUCUGAUGCUGCCAGGGAGGCAUUUUUAGCUGAACUUGCUCUGGAUUCAAAAAAGGGAGCUGGUGCAGGAGUUGAAGGUUCGAAACACAUGCAUGAGAGAACAAAAGAGAGGAAAAAGAGUAAGGAGAACCGGAAAAACAAGGAUCCAAAGGCUACUAAUAGUGAUGAGUUGCAAGAUCAGACAGCUGAAGAGAUAUUACUUUCGAAUGCUUAUGACAGCCCAGUAUCUGGAAGUGCUAUUCCUGGGGCUGAUGAUGCCUUAAGACUACAGGAAGAGGAGUACAAACGCAGAAUUGAGCUUGAAGCUGAAGAAAAAAAGCUUGAAGAAACUUUGGAAUAUCAAAGACGAAUAGAAAAUGAAGCAAAGCAGAAGCAUCUGGCAGAGCAACAUAAAAAGUUUCUGAAAACAACUACUGAGAAGGCAGAAAUAGCUGCACUGCCUGAUGCAUAUUUGAGUCAAAGCAAUGAUGACAUGUGUGCCAAUGAGCAAUGGAAAAAGAGGAAGGAACCUUUGAUGCAUAAGGAUGGAUCUGCAAGCAUUUUGGAAAAUGUGCCAAAAACUGCAAAUGGGGAUGUGCUGAGAACUGGCUUACCAAAUGAAAGUAUUGUGGAGGAUGGUGGUUUAUUUUCUGACCGACGCACGGGGAGGAGAAGCAGACGGCACAAGGGUCCAACCAAAUUGGGUGAUGGAAAGUAUGCUCCACUGACUCCUGACAAGCAGGAUAGUGAUCCUGGUCAACCUAGAUUUGGGCAAAAUCCCCGUGGUGAUGGAGAGAAUGGAGCAAGAACGGGACAGCUUCAGGGAGAGGAUGAUGAUGAAGAACGGUUUCAAGCUGACCUUAAGAAAGCCGUUCGACAAAGCCUUGAUGGUGCUAAUAAAAUGGAUGCAUAUGGAACAGGGCUAAGAAAUGAAGUUGGAGAAUAUAAUUGCUUUCUUAAUGUCAUAAUACAGUCCUUAUGGCACUUAAGGCGGUUCCGAGAUGAAUUUUUGUGGAGGUCAUCGUCUGAACAUGUUCAUGUUGGUGAUCCUUGUGUUAUAUGUGCUUUAUAUGAUAUCUUCUUUGCUCUGAGCAUGGCAUCUAAGGAUAACAGAAGAGAAGCUGUUGCCCCUACAUCUUUGAGAGUUGCUCUAAGCAACUUGUAUCCUGAUAGUAAUUUCUUCCAGGAGGGUCAGAUGAAUGAUGCUUCUGAAGUGUUGGGGGUAAUAUUUAAUUGUCUCCAUCGAUCAUUCACUCCUGCAUCAGUUACAUCUGAUACAGAAUCUGUAGAUAGCAGCUGCAUGGGCUCCUGGGACUGCACCAAUGGUUCUUGCAUUGCACAUUCAAUUUUUGGAAUGGACGUAUUUGAGAGAAUGAACUGUUAUAACUGUGGCUUGGAGUCCAGAUAUCUGAAAUACACAUCUUUCUUUCAUAAUAUCAAUGCCAGUGCUCUCAGAACAAUGAAGGUUAUGUAUCCCGACAACUCCUUUGAUGAGCUUUUGAACCUAGUUGAAAUGAAUCACCAGUUAGCUUGUGAUCCAGAGAGUGGUGGCUGUGGGAAGCCUAACUAUAUCCACCAUAUUCUCUCCACUCCACCACAUGUUUUCACGACAGUCCUGGGAUGGCAGAAUACUUGUGAGAGAAUUGAAGAUAUAACGGCAACAUUAGCAGCUUUGUCUACUGAGAUUGAUGUCAGUGUCCUUUAUCGUGGUCUCGAUCCCCAAAAUAGACAUUGCUUGGUCUCAGUGGUUUGCUAUUAUGGGCAGCACUAUCACUGUUUCGCCUACAGUCGUGAUCAUGAGCAGUGGAUCAUGUAUGAUGACAAAACUGUGAAGGUAAUUGGUGGGUGGAAUGAUGUUCUUACAAUGUGUGAAAGAGGACAUCUACAGCCCCAACUCCUCUUGUAUGAAGCUGUAAACUAGUACUACUUGGUAAUGUGCUACUUGAUAGCGAAAAACGGGGCUACUCAUUGUCCAGUGUUUGAGCUAAUGGUGCUUUCCAAUCUCUGCCUGUGCGGGUGUUCGGCUUACUUGUACAACUGGACAUGUGGAAUUGCAAUGUCGAUAUGAAGCCAUGGUAGUGUAUUAUAGGUAAAGAAUCUGUCAUAUAGCAGAGAGAAAUGGGACCAACUGUGCUAUACGAGGAGGAAAGUCUUAGAAAUAUAUGCAAUAUUUGUUGAGCAAUUUGGAAAUCGGAACUAGGUUUGGCUGGAUGGCUAAGAAAUUAGGGUCCUCCUGGUCUAUUGGAGCUUGUGGUCUGUUCUCAAUGGCAACUAUCACCAUCUGUCGAUGAAGAAUACAGAAAUUGUACACAAGAAUUCUUGUACUUAAAUUCACAAAUCUGAUUAUUUUGAGGUAGUGUAUAGAUCAGAUCUCCGGACCCUUGGGGAACUGGUAUGUGAAGAAUAGAAAUUCCCCUUUUUGCAGUUCUCCUUGGGGAAAAAUUUUGGUUUAGGUCACUGUCAAUAACUCUUGUAUGCAAUGACAUGUUGGCAGAAAUGAAUCUAUACAAAUUUUAUGCUUUAGUUUCGA